UCGUAAACAGGACCGAUGGCACCGCUGAAGGCGGCAAGGACGAGGCUGGAAUUAGGCCUGUAAGCCCAACGUCGGGGCCAGCGGCUCCGACUCAAACGGCCCACGCCAAGGACACCGCGACCACAGACGUGAGCGCCACCGGCGUGGCCGUCGAGAGGGCGAGAAAAAAACACGGCAGGAAAAAGCGCGGCAAAGGCGCAGAAGUCGAGGCGCCUUCGCCUGCUCAAGUCGUGUCGUCGUCGACUCUGCUGAGCCCGCUGAUCCCGGAAGAUCGCGGGGCGCCACAGUCUGGCCUUUCCAGACCGCUCAGCGAGGAGCUGUUGUCACAGAAGGACACGCUCCCGUCCGCCGAAGCGCCGGCCCAGCAGUCGCUCUCCACCGAUCAGCCGGGUUCGACCUCGGGACCCCUGCCUCCGGAGGGGGCCGCCAUGCAGCCCGGCGAAGUGGUGGUCCCGCAAGAUACAAUGCCGUCGGACACAAAGGACGCGACGGCGCCGAAGGAAGAAAGUGCGGAUGCGGUGGCGGCACGGGAGAGGCGAGAGACCCUGUGCGGAGUGCGUGGCGUCUACCCGGACUUCCUGCAGAAGUACAGGACGCCCCGCUGCGCGCUGACGGUGCUGUGCCUGGUGUCGUUCACGCGCAGCUUCUCGAUGACCGGCGUCAUGAUGGUGGUGCUGCCGACGCUCGAGCGACGCUACCAGCUCAAGGGCUACGAGAGCGGCAUGAUCCUGAGCAGCAACGACGUGGCCAGCUGCCUGACCAUGCUGCCCGUGGCGUUCUUGGCCACGCAGCGCAACAAGCCGCUCUUCAUCGGCUACGGCAUCGCCACCAUGGGGCUGGGCAACUUGGUCGUGGCGAUGGUCCACUUCCUGUCGCCGUCCUAUCAGCUGUCGUCUGCCGGGAGCGACUUGUGCCCGAUGACAGACGUCGGGUCGUCGUGCACGAAGUCCGGAAGCAUCAGGAACUUCCGAUACAUGUUGAUGAUCGGACAGCUCAUCAGCGGUUUGGGCGCCACGCCCAUCAACACAGUGACCAUCGCCUACCUGGACGAGAACCUGCCCAAGAGGAAGUCCAGCCUCUACAUUGGUGCGUGCAUUUACUGUGCAGCUCGUUUCCUGUAUGCUACAGACAGCGUCAAACGCACCCCACUCGUUUUUCUUCCUGGAUUGAUGUUCUGCACGAGGACUAGCUUAUACCUGAACAGCAAGAAAACUGUAAGGCGUGGCUUUGGGCGAGUUGGUUCUGGGUUAUUACGAUGGCCGCGUGACGGGAGACAACACACAGAAGGAAGGCGAAAAGAAGUCGGCGCCUCCCGUCGUCCUCUCUUCACGUGUUGCGUCCUGUUACGCGCCGGUCGCGAUAGACAAGGGAAGCGGACAUCAAUUGCGUCACUCCGGGUGAUGAUCAGUCUCUAG